CCUGACAGAGCCACACACAGGACCAAGCAGGAGCAGGACCUCAUCAAUUUUUACCUUUAUUACAAAUGGAGAAACAUGAAGAUGUUCAAUACUGUUUUCAGGACAGAAACUCUUCUUGCAGAAAGGCUUUGCUAUCGACAUCUAUCUACAUAACACUGUACAACUUCUUCUCAUUGAUUUCAGCAGUUACAGUAUUUUUGAACCUACUGGUGAUCAUCUCCAUCUCUCACUUCAAGCAGCUCCACACUACAACCAACCUGCUCAUCCUCUCUCUGGCUGCGUCAGAUCUCCUGGUGGGACUGAUUGUGAUACCAGUAAUGACUGUAGCAAUAAUGGAAUCAUGCUGGGGUUUUGGGGAAUAUUUCUGUGUGUUUUAUGGCUACAUUACUUCUUUGUGUACAUCUUUAUCUCUGGGCAAUUUGGUCUUGAUAUCUAUAGACCGCUAUGUUGCUGUGUGUGAUCCCUUAUUGUACCACUCUAAAAUAACAACAACAAGAAUCACGUGUUGUAUAUCCAUCACCUGGUGUUGUUGUAUCAUAUACCGUGCUGCUAAUAUCCAGUUUUUUGUACGUGUACAGGUACCAAGUAGGUGUUUGAUAGAAUGUAAUACUGUUGAAGGUUCAGUCUGGGUUAAUAUCACUGACAUUGUAAUUACAAUGGUUGUCCCGUGCUCUGUUAUUAUAACACUUUAUAGGAAAAUCUUUGUGGUGGCCAGAUCACAGGCCAGAAAGGUAUUUUCAAAAGAGGCUGCAAGUGUGUCUGGUGUUAAAACUGUACAGGCAAAUAAGUCUGAGAGAAAAGCAACAAAAACUCUGUCUAUUGUUGUUUUCAACUAUCUCAUUUGUUGGAUUCCAUCUUUAUUAGUUUUUUUUCUUUUUUCUUUUUUAGGUUUUAAUUUGUUAUCAUAUUUAAUCGCUUUUCUGGCAUUUGUUAAUUCCUUAAUCAAUCCAAUCAUUUAUGCUUUCCUUUAUCCAUGGUUCAAAGUGACAGUUAAACUUAUUUUAUCUCUGAAUUUAAGGCGUUCAUAGUUCAUGUUUUUAUUCCCUAGUUUGACAAACAUAAGUUUUAUAUAGUUUUAUUAUACAAUUGUUGUAAGUAUCUCAUUCAUGUAACAAUACACUGACAUGACUUAUCUCAGUGUUUAGGUACAUGUGGUGUUGAUACAGAAUGAUUUGACUGGAUUCAAUUGGAAUGACUUGGAGUCGGCAUAAGAAGGAAUACGCUUGUUUAAUAAAAUACAUUGUAGUCAUUUUGGGUUGUAUAUUCCAAAUGCCAAAGUCUGUUGAUGUUCCAUGUGAUUUAAUGAUAAAUAGUUUGUAAGUAUUCUAAAAGUA